AGAGGAGACGCCGGAGCUCCAGACACAGCAGGAGCGCGCCGUGGCGGUGCAGUUUCAAGCUCGCCUUCGCAGCCGCGCACACACCGCCUCCUCCCAGCGCAGCGGGAACCGCAGCCGCCCCGGGCCGCCGCCGCAGCCGGGCUCGCGCUCCCGCCCGCUCGCCGCGCCAGAGCCUCCUCUCGUCAGCACUCAGCCGGCAGCUAUUUCCUUCUGCCAGCCUCUUUGAACUCUCUGGAUCUUUGCUUUUGCUCGUCUCUCUCCUGUUUUCCCCGCCGUGCGUUUUCUCAACUUCUCUUCCUUUAUCCUUAACCACCCUGCGUUUCCCUCCUGUUUUAUUGGGGAUUUCGGUUUAAGAUGACUUGGUUUCCUUACCUUCGUCAAUUUCAGCACUGAGGACUGAAAAGGAAUCUUUACCUUUCCCCAGGGGCAUUUAAAAAAAUCGCAAUCCUUAAAAAGUGUUAAGAGGCAAAGGAACAGCACGCGGGACCCUCCCGGCACCCUUGAGCCCAGUCCAGAACUGUACCAGCAACCAGAAAUAGGAUUUCAUUUAACCCCACUGAAGGCGAGGGCGAGAGGAGCCCGAGGCAAACUUCAGCCGUCUCAGCGGAUCCGUGGUUCCCGCAUUUGGAGGAUCCACGUGCCAGAAGGCAUAGGACCCCACGGGGGACCAGGAGGAGCCUUGAGUCUCCCUCGCCCCCUCCGCGAGGCCGGAGCUGUGGACUGAGCCGCGCGGGACAGCAGCGGCGCAGGAGGCGAGGAGAAGAUGCGGGGCUCAGGGCCCCGGGGUGCGGGACGCCGGCGGCCCCCGGGCGGCGGGGGCGGCGACAAGCCCAGAACUCCUGUGUCCCUGGCUGGCUGCUACUCCGUACCUCGCAGGGCCCCCCUCUGGACGUGCCUUCUUCUGUGCGCCGCGCUCCGGACACUCCUAGCCAGCCCCAGCAACGAAGUGAAUUUAUUGGAUUCACGAACUGUCAUGGGGGACUUGGGAUGGAUUGCUUUUCCAAAAAAUGGGUGGGAAGAGAUUGGUGAAGUUGAUGAAAAUUAUGCCCCUAUCCACACAUACCAAGUAUGCAAAGUUAUGGAACAGAAUCAGAAUAACUGGCUUUUGACCAGUUGGAUCUCCAACGAAGGUGCUUCCAGAAUCUUCAUAGAACUUAAAUUUACUCUGCGGGACUGCAACAGCCUUCCUGGAGGACUGGGGACCUGUAAGGAAACUUUUAACAUGUAUUACUUUGAGUCAGAUGAUGAGAAUGGGAGAAACAUUAAGGAAAACCAGUACAUCAAAAUUGAUACCAUUGCUGCUGAUGAGAGCUUUACAGAACUUGAUCUUGGUGACCGUGUCAUGAAACUGAAUACAGAGAUCAGAGAUGUAGGACCUCUAAGCAAAAAGGGAUUUUAUCUUGCUUUUCAAGAUGUCGGUGCUUGCAUUGCUCUGGUUUCUGUGCGUGUGUACUAUAAAAAAUGCCCCUCUGUGGUACGACACUUGGCUGUCUUCCCCGACACCAUCACUGGAGCUGAUUCUUCACAGUUGCUCGAAGUGUCAGGCUCCUGUGUCAACCAUUCUGUGACAGAUGAACCUCCCAAAAUGCACUGCAGCGCUGAGGGGGAGUGGCUGGUGCCCAUCGGAAAAUGCAUGUGUAUGGCAGGAUAUGAAGAGAAAAAUGGCACCUGUCAAGUGUGCAGACCUGGGUUCUUCAAAGCCUCACCUCACAGCCAGAGCUGCAGCAAAUGUCCACCUCACAGUUAUACCCAUGAGGAAGCUUCAACCUCUUGUGUCUGUGAAAAGGAUUAUUUCAGGAGGGAGUCUGAUCCACCCACAAUGGCAUGCACAAGACCCCCCUCUGCUCCUCGGAAUGCCAUCUCAAAUAUUAAUGAGACUAGUGUCUUUCUGGAAUGGAUUCCGCCUGCUGACACUGGUGGAAGGAAAGAUGUGUCAUAUUAUAUUGCAUGCAAGAAGUGCAACUCCCAUGCAGGUGUGUGUGAGGAGUGUGGCAGUCAUGUCAGGUACCUGCCCCGGCAAGGCGGCCUGAAAAAUACCUCUGUCAUGAUGGUGGAUCUGCUUGCUCACACAAACUAUACCUUUGAGAUUGAGGCAGUGAAUGGAGUGUCCGACCUGAGCCCAGGAGCCCGGCAGUAUGUGUCUGUAAAUGUAACCACAAAUCAAGCAGCCCCCUCUCCAGUCACCAAUGUGAAAAAGGGGAAGAUUGCAAAAAACAGCAUCUCUUUGUCUUGGCAAGAGCCAGAUCGCCCCAAUGGAAUCAUCCUGGAGUAUGAAAUCAAGUAUUUUGAAAAGGACCAAGAGACCAGCUACACAAUUAUCAAAUCUAAAGAGACAACUAUUACUGCAGAGGGCUUGAAACCAGCUUCAGUAUAUGUCUUCCAAAUUCGAGCACGUACAGCAGCAGGCUAUGGUGUCUUCAGUCGAAGAUUUGAGUUUGAAACCGUCCCAGUGUCAGUUGCAGCAUCCAGUGAUCAAAGCCAGAUUCCUAUAAUUGCUGUGUCUGUGACAGUGGGAGUCAUUUUGUUGGCAGUGGUUAUCGGCUUCCUCCUCAGUGGAAGUUGCUGCGAAUGUGGCUGUGGGAGGGCUUCUUCCCUGUGCGCUGUUGCCCAUCCAAGCCUAAUAUGGAGGUGUGGCUACAGCAAAGCAAAACAAGAUCCAGAAGAGGAAAAGAUGCAUUUUCAUAAUGGGCACAUUAAACUGCCAGGAGUAAGAACUUACAUUGAUCCACAUACCUAUGAGGAUCCCAAUCAAGCUGUUCAUGAAUUUGCCAAGGAAAUAGAAGCUUCAUGUAUCACCAUUGAAAGAGUUAUUGGAGCAGGUGAAUUUGGUGAAGUUUGUAGUGGACGUUUGAAACUGCCAGGAAAAAGAGAAUUGCCUGUGGCUAUCAAAACCCUUAAAGUAGGCUAUACUGAAAAGCAACGCAGAGACUUCCUAGGUGAAGCAAGUAUCAUGGGGCAGUUUGAUCAUCCUAACAUCAUCCAUUUAGAAGGUGUUGUGACCAAAAGUAAACCCGUGAUGAUAGUGACAGAGUAUAUGGAGAAUGGCUCUUUAGACACAUUUUUAAAGAAAAACGACGGGCAGUUCACUGUGAUUCAGCUUGUUGGCAUGCUGAGAGGCAUCGCUGCAGGAAUGAAAUACCUUUCCGACAUGGGCUAUGUGCACAGAGACCUUGCUGCUAGAAACAUCUUAAUCAACAGUAACCUUGUGUGCAAAGUGUCUGACUUUGGACUUUCCAGGAUACUGGAAGAUGAUCCUGAGGCAGCCUACACCACAAGGGGAGGCAAAAUUCCAAUCAGAUGGACUGCCCCAGAAGCUAUAGCUUUCCGAAAAUUUACUUCCGCCAGUGAUGUCUGGAGUUAUGGAAUAGUAAUGUGGGAAGUUGUAUCGUAUGGAGAGAGACCCUAUUGGGAGAUGACCAAUCAAGAUGUGAUUAAAGCAGUGGAGGAAGGCUAUCGCCUGCCAAGCCCCAUGGAUUGUCCUGCUGCUCUCUAUCAAUUAAUGCUGGAUUGCUGGCAGAAAGACCGAAAUAGCAGGCCCAAGUUUGAUGAAAUAGUCAACAUGUUGGACAAGUUGAUACGUAACCCAAGUAGUUUGAAGACGCUGGUUAAUGCAUCAUGCAGAGUGUCUAAUUUAUUGACAGAGCAUGGCCCACUAGGAUCUGGGGCCUACAGAUCAGUAGGUGAAUGGCUCGAAGCAAUCAAGAUGGGCCGGUAUACAGAGAUCUUCAUGGAAAAUGGAUACAGUUCAAUGGACGCUGUGGCUCAGGUGACCUUGGAGGAUUUGAGACGGCUUGGAGUGACUCUUGUCGGUCACCAGAAGAAGAUCAUGAACAGCCUUCAAGAAAUGAAGGUGCAGCUGGUAAACGGGAUGGUGCCAUUGUAACUUCAUUUUAAUAUCACUUCUUCAAGUGAAUGAUUCUGCACUUUGUAAACAGCCCUGAGAUUUAUUUUAACAAAAAAGGGGAAAAAGGGAAAACAGUGAUAUCUAAACCUUAGGAGGACAUUUGUCUCAGCCACAGAAUUUGUAAUCAGUAUUUUACUAAAAUUUCCUUAUCUUCCUCUUAGUGUCUUCAUUUUUCAUGAAGCAAAUAUAACCUGCCUAGAAUAAGAACAUGAGGUUAAACAUUAUCUUAUGUUGCAACAACAAAAUCCUUCCCACUACUUGUACGAAAUUUUGUACGUGGAAUAUGUAAGUAGAUAGCACCUUUAUAGACUGAAUUGAGGCAGUCCCUUUUAAAACUUCCAGGGAUCUACUUGAAUGGAAAAGUUUUACAGCCAUUUAUGGGCUAACAAAAGCUGCAGUUUACUGACGUUUACUUCAAGUUUUAAUCGUCUAUGUAAGUGUAUUAAAGAGCAAUAUGAUUAGAUAAUUUCUUAAUAGAUAUCUUCUUUUGUAAUUUUAAAAUGCUGUUACAAAGCGUUAAGUUAUAGAAACUAGUGUAUAAACAUUUGCUUGAUUAAGGAAAAGUACAAAACAGGGUGUAUAUUUAUUUUUCUGUGUUAUAAAAUUUACUUUUAGUUGCUCUUCUAGAGGCAAUUAGGUAAUAAAUGUGUAUAUACUGUAUAAUUUGCAAUGUACCCAGGAACUGAUUUAAGUUGGAAUUGUGUGUGUGCUUACACAUGUGUGCUUUACCAUUCUGCUUGCAUUUUUAAAUAAUGUUUUAAUUUUAGCAACUAUAGGAACAAGUGUUCCAGUGUGUAAUAUGAAUAGGAGAAAUAGGAAAGCAGUAAAACAAAAUUUAACACAAGCCUGUGUCUCUUUUCCUCUCAUAUGUCCAAAAGCUACUAAUCUCUUUAUUCACUAACAGGAAAUGUCUGUAAGAUUAAAUCCCCUUUGGCUUUUUAAAAACACUUUGUGAUAUCUGUGACAAUGCAGUUCUUCUAGCCAUUAAUCUUGCACCCCUGUAAGAAAUUUCACCUUUCUGAGUCCCAGAAAAUAUCUUGUCAAGCAAAGUUGACACUAAAGGGCACAUUUUCAGCGGGAUGUAGAAGGAUUUAACUGUGCAGGUUUCUGUUAAUGUUGUUAAAUCCAGGCACAUAGCACUAAGCAUCACCCUUAAGCGUUAAUCCUUUGUAACCAUUUCCAUUGUGGCUCAGCUCUAGAAAUUUUGAUACUAAGGCAGCAAGCAAUGGAAUGAUGACAUAUACACACACAUUUUUUUCUUAAGAAUUUUCUGUAUUUCAAGACUUAAGUUUUAUUUGUUGAUUUGCUGUGUAUUCAUUUGGUAAUUUAAUUUUGCAUUUAGUUACAUGGCAUUACAUUUAUUUUGGUUAAUCAAUCCGAAGUAUUAUUUAAUUGGACUUAUUAAGGAAUAUAAAAAAUGUCUUAUAUAUGUUCUAUAUACCACACCUGGUGAAGACUAUCUGUGGUACAAAUUAUAAAAUUUAUGAGAAAUUGUUCGAAACUGAGCUCCUGAGUGAGAUAACCAAAAUCUUUGUAUUAUAUUUUAUAAAAAUCAUGGAAUGGCAUGUGAUUAUUCAAGGAGUAGAGCAUUUAAAUAAGACAUAGCCUACUCAUGAUUAUUAAUAGAAAUCAUAUAUCAGAGUAGCCUGGAUUAGUGAAAUCCACAGGAAAUAUAUCUGUGUUGUACUAAUAAUACUCUAUCUUUUGAAAGCACUAUUCUACUUGAAUAUUAGCACAUACAAGAAUAAACUUUUUUGGAAAUAACUUCUUCCUAUCCUGCCCACACUUUAUUUAAGCAGUAAAGUAACUCUUUGCUAAAGAACAAGGAAAAAUCAAAAUAAGAACAACAAAAAAAGAAAAGAAAAAAUGUCUAAAAAAUUUGUAAAUGAUGUAUUGAGUUCUGUCCAAAUAAGACUCCACACAAACUAUGCUUAGAGUAUACUGUUAUUAGUUUGGUGAAAUUUCUAGGGACAGUUGAGAGAGAUGGAUUUAAUAUUGUCUUGAUAAAAUCACAAGAAAAUAGGCAUCAUCAUUAUUAAAGAUGCAUUUGUUCAUUUCAAUAAACAGAAAAUUAACAAAACUAAUUUCUUCUGAACAAAAUAAUUGGAGAUUUUGUUGCACUUUACUGAGUUUUGUAAAAGUAUUCCAAUCUAAGUGAAAAAAUAACAAUUGAGAAACUUCAAAAUCAGAAUAGACUUACUGAUUUAAAAGGAAGACUACCAAACAUUUCAGAGCUGGCGGACUAGCCAUAGUUGCUUAGGCAGAACAAAAAUAUUUUCUGAAUUGUUUUCCAACUUUGUACGUUCAAAGGUAACUGGGAGGGGGAGCAUAUCUAAGUGACUAGAAUUUGAAGUUACAAUGUAUAUUUUCUUUAUCACAAAAGAAGAAUAUGAAAUAAUUCAGAUCAAAUUUAUUUUCCUUCUUUGCACUGUUGGUAUUCAUUUUGGAAAGUGAAACAAAAUAAAAGUUAAAAAGCCAUGUAUCUUUCAUCCAUAUCUCAAUUUGGUUGAGAAUUUCUAAGAAAUGUCAUUAUAAUUUUAGAAGGAAUAAAGACACCUCCUAAUAAGAUGUACUCCACCCCCCAAAGAGGAAAGAAUGCCUUUCUUAAAUGUCUGUUCACCACUGGAUAUGUCACCAAUUGGAAAGUGCCAAUCUCAUUUAUAAAUGUGAGAAAUGGAACAAACAGAGAGCGAAACUCUCGUGAAAUGCAGUGAGGCUGUUAACCCAGGGCAAGGUUUGACAAAUCUUGAUUGUGUGAUAUCUUAUCCUAGUGGUUCAUUUUGUCACCUACCAGACUACCAAAAAUGUAGCAUAGAAUCAAUAAUUUUAGCACAUGUAAUAGAUCUGUCAAUAUGUGAUGUUAUUGUAACUGUAAGUAGCAGUAUCUUCAGGACAUGAGUCUUUCUCAGUGUUCAACUUUGAAACAUAGGUCCAAGCAGGGAGUAAUUUUUAACUUAAGUGUUAAAAUCACUCAUAGCUUGAUUCUAAUUCAUAUCAAUCAUAGCUUGUUUCUAAUCUUGCCAUUUUCUCACAUGUACUAUGACAUAUAAUCAGUUGCUCUUUUUGAAAUGUAUUAAUUUUAUGUAAAAAUGUAAAAAUUUUGAUUUUUCCAUUUUUUAGAACAUUCAUGUGCAUAGUCUUUUAUUUCUUUUGUUUUAACCACCAAGUCAGUGUCCUAAAUCUAUAGGAUUACCGUAAAAGCAUAUUCCGAUAUUUUAUCUAAAGUGUGGCCAGCAUUAUUAGUUGCAGAGUUGCUUGAACAAUACAGAACAUCCUUAAUUCAGUUUGUAAAAUCUUUUUAACCAGUGUGCAAUGAUGAAGACAGUUUCACAUGUGAAAUUUGAAAUGGAAUGUUACUAUUAGUUGAGCACUUAUGUGUUUCUAUGUCUGCUAAUUAGUCUCCUUGAGAAAGUUUAAAAAAAAUUGCUAUCCUUUCUCCCAUUUAAAGUGGAUUCUUGGAAGCACAAGCAGAGAUACUCACCUUUGGAAGAUGUUUUUGGCUGUAAUGGUACAUUGGAUAGCAAACACUAUUUGAGUCAGGUGUUAGAUAUUUACUAGAUGUAUGAUGUUGCAUAGUAGAAUAAGAUCCUUUUUUAUUUUGUUAUUUCUAAAAAUAAGAAAAAAAGAAAGUUAACUAUGAUAGCGAACUGUCUUUGCUUAUGUUCUGCCAGAUGUUUAAUCUCAAAGUAAAUAAAAAGUAGGUACAAUAUAAUGAUGAUGAUGUUGUUGAUGAUGAAUAAACAGAAUCAAUUAAUUGAUUGAUUUGAAAUUAAUAACUAGAAUAAGUCAUCAUUUUUUCAACUCUGUAGCACAGCUGGUUACAUGAAAUAUUUUUUCUGUAUUAUGCUGUUAAUUUUAUAGUAAUGUAUCAAAAGAUAAGAACUUUCUUUUAAUUUCUUAUUUGUUUAUGUAAAGGUCUUUUCAUACAUAAAUGAUUGAAUGUUCUUGUUCAGAAUGACCACUUAAUUUUUGCUUAGGAGAAGACACCAGUUCUUUUCUAAAAAAUAGCCUGUUUAUAAUAAUCAGAAUCAUUUGUUGUCUGUUUCUCAUAAAUGUUAAUGGAAAAAAAUUGAAGAUGGCAAAAUAUGUCAUGUUUACUUGGGCUGGGGACUGUAUUAACAGUAGAAGUUUCAGUGGUCAACAUUUUUGUGAAUCUUUAGACUGCUGUAGUUUUACAGUUAAUUAUUAAAAAGUGUGUAAAUUACAGUUAUAAUAGUCUGAGAGUAAUACUUAGACUCAAGUCAUUUGUUAAUAUGUUUAUCGAAAUCUCUUAGUUUCAGGCAGGUCAGAAGCAUCUGUAUAGCUAUCUUAUUCUAUAAUAGUAAUCAGGAUAUCUCAAGUCCCUGCCACAGAGUUAACUCAAGAAAGGAUUAGCAUUUCUGUAUUUUUUCCCAUUUGAACUUCUAUAUGCACUUGGUUUGUGUACAUGUUUUUGUAGUGUAAGAUAUGAAAUUUUAUAUUUUUUCAAAAAAUAAAAAACCCUUUGAAUACA